AAGUGACGGUGUUUUUGUUAGCAGCAUCAUGGCGGCGCAGGUUUGAGAGCGCUUUCCUUUAAGUUUUUCUUGUAACGUCCAACUACAAUCACAACAGUCCGCCGGGUUUUUCCUCGCACAGUAGCAGGGGCUGGAGUUUGAUGAGAAAGUCCGAGCUUUCGGACUGCUGUUGCUUGCUUUGGUGCUCGGUUUGCUAAAGAGUUGGGAGAUGUGCUCCCAGACCAAAGCAGCGGCUGUCAUGGCUAACAUACCGCGGGUUGACAUCGACCCCUCUGGGGUUUUUAAAUACAUCCUGAUCCGGGUUUACAGCCGAGAGGAGGGAGACGAUUCGGAGAUAGAUAUAGUCCGAGGAUACGGCUGGGCUGAGUACCACGCUGAUAUCUACGAUAGGGUUUCUGCGGAGCUGGAGGACGGAGGCCUGCUGGACUGCGAGUGCAUCGGAGGAGGCAGGAUAAAACAUAAUCCAGACGCCAAGAAGAUCCAUGUGUACGGAUACUCCUUGGGCUAUGGAAGAGCAAACCAUGCAGAGACCACAGAGAAACUGAAGGAGAAGUACCCAGACUACGAGGUGACCUGGGAUAACGAAGGCUACUGAAAUAAAUAGCAUUGAAUAUUCUGGACUUUCAUUCAGUUUCAACCUGUUGAAACUCUGAUAGACCAACAAUUCAUCCACUAUUCACUGCAUCAAGAUGGGACAACUAAUGCAUGAUUGUCAUUGUUGACUUGAUACGUCAGUGUUAAAUCUCAUUUACUGUUUUUACAACCUCCUUCAGUUGUGCUAAUAUUCAAAAUACGAGCUAAAUAUUAGCAUAACCGGGUUUUAAGUCCAGAUUAUGAGGGGGGAAAAUGGUUUUACAGGGUGAAUAUUAUGUUACCUUGUGUUACUGAAAAAGAGUUUAACUUCUGUGGUAAAGGUAAUAAAUAAUUAACAAAAUAGUUUUUUUUGUUUAAAUUUGAUGUAAUUGUUCUCUGAUUCAUUUUGUUUCAUGCAUUAUUUCAUAUUUCUGAAUAUAAAAAACUUCAAUUAAAUUUACUUUGGAUUUUG